AAUACAAUCUUGCAUCCCACUUCUUCCUUUUGCACCCCCUUCUUCGUCAAAACAUUAAUCUUUACUUUGCUAUCUUCUUUAUACCACCACUUCACUUCUCGCUUAUUUUCUUCUCCAUCUUUUUUUUUUUUUGUACUCUAAUCAUCAUGGCUACUGCAGUCACUGCUGCAGUGUCACUUCCAUCCUCCAAAACUUCUGCUUCUCUUUCAUCCAAAACAUCAAUUAUCUCACCAGAAAGAAUCAAUUUCGUUAAGGUUCCUCUGUACCAUAGAAAUGUGUCUAUAGGCAGGAAAUUGGUUUCAAUCAGAGCUCAGGUCACCACUGAGGCCCCUGCGAAAGUACAGAAGGUUUCCAAGAAACAGGAAGAAGGUGUUGUGACAAACAAGUACAAACCAAAGGAUCCAUAUAUUGGCAGAUGCCUCCUUAACACUAAGAUCACUGGUGAUGAUGCGCCUGGAGAGACUUGGCACAUGGUCUUCACCACUGAGGGGGAACUCCCUUACAGGGAAGGUCAAUCAAUUGGGGUUAUAGCAGAUGGAGUUGACAAGAAUGGAAGGCCUCACAAGCUGAGGUUGUACUCAAUUGGUAGCAGUGCUCUUGGUGACUUCGGGGAUUCCAAAACUGUAUCUCUUUGUGUCAAGCGGCUUGUCUAUACAAAUGACCAAGCGGAAAUUGUUAAAGGAGUUUGCUCAAACUUCUUGUGCGAUCUGAAGCCUGGAGCUGAAGUAAAAAUCACUGGACCUGUCGGGAAAGAAAUGCUAAUGCCAAAAGAUCCAAAUGCUACCGUUGUUAUGCUUGCCACUGGAACAGGAAUUGCUCCUUUCCGUGGAUUCUUAUGGAAAAUGUUCUUUGAGAAGCACGACGAUUACAAGUUCAACGGAUUGGCAUGGCUUUUCUUGGGUGUUCCCACCAGCAGCUCAUUGCUAUACAAAGAGGAAUUCGAGAAGAUGAAGGAAAAGCAUCCAGACAACUUUCGACUAGACUUUGCAGUGAGCAGAGAGCAAACCAACGAGAAAGGUGAGAAGAUGUAUAUCCAAACCAGGAUGGCUCAAUAUGCAGAAGAGUUGUGGGAGUUGCUCAAGAAAGACAACACCUUCGUAUACAUGUGCGGGCUCAAAGGCAUGGAAAAGGGAAUUGAUGACAUUAUGGCGUCAUUGGCUGCUAAAGAUGGGAUCGAUUGGGCUGAGUAUAAAAAGCAGUUGAAGAAGGGCGAGCAAUGGAAUGUGGAAGUCUACUAAUUUUUGCUUUCUUCUUGUACAAAAAAAUAAAUACAUGUCCAUUAUGUGAUUUUCUCUGCGUUCAUGUACAUAGGUAACUCUCUUUCGGUAAUAUUAUUUUUUUCUUCCUUUUCUUAUACUUUCUUCUUUUGAUUUUCGAUUUUCAACUCCUUGUACUGCUGUUGACUCUCUGAAGAUCCCUAAAGUUUUGAGGGGCCGGAUCGUGACCGAUACGAAACUUGAAUCCCUUUCCGCA